AUGGGAAAAGGUAAACCAAGAGGAUUAAACUCCGCCAGAAAGUUGAGAGUUCACAGGAGAAACAACAGAUGGGCCGACCAAGCUUAUAAAGCCAGAUUAUUGGGAACAGCCUUCAAGUCCUCCCCCUUUGGAGGAUCUUCACACGCCAAAGGUAUCGUGUUGGAAAAAAUCGGUGUUGAAUCGAAACAACCAAACUCCGCCAUUAGAAAGUGUGUCAGAGUGCAGUUAAUCAAAAACGGUAAGAGGGUGACUGCUUUCGUCCCCAAUGACGGUUGUUUGAACUUUGUCGAUGAGAAUGACGAAGUGUUGUUGGCUGGUUUCGGUAGAAGAGGUAAGGCUAAGGGUGAUAUUCCAGGUGUUAGAUUCAAGGUUGUCAAAGUCUCGGGUGUCUCUUUGUUGGCUUUGUGGAAGGAGAAGAAGGAAAAGCCUAGAUCGUAA